AUGAUGAAGUCGAUCCAGCUUUGCAUCUUACUCUGGUGCUGGAAAGCAAUCUGCUGCCAUAGCUGUGAACUGACCAACAUCACCAUCUCAGUAGAGAAGGAAGAGUGCCGUUUCUGCAUAAGCAUCAACACCACUUGGUGUGCGGGAUACUGCUACACCAGGGAUCUGGUGUAUAAGGACCCAGCUAGACCCAACACCCAGAAAGUAUGUACCUUCAAGGAACUGGUGUACGAGACCGUAAGGUUGCCUGGCUGUGCCCGUCACUCAGACUCCUUCUACACGUAUCCAGUAGCCACCGAAUGUCAGUGUGGCAAGUGUGACAGCGACAGCACUGACUGCACUGUGAGAGGCCUGGGACCCAGCUACUGCUCCUUCAGUGAAAUGAAAGAAUAA